ACUCCGAGAGCUAACUUGUUGGGGCUCUCCUCUAGGUAAACAACUUAUAUCAACAUCAGGCGUGAAAACAAAAAUUGCUUUGGUUGAGAUACUAUAAGGAUCUUGUGAUACUGUGAAGAAGGCUAAAUCGUUUCCAGACAUUGUCAACCCCCCAAUCAAUUUGACAUGGGUCAUUGCUCUCUUACCAUCUAAAUUAAAGAUGAAGCUCAGGUUAGCCUCUUUUAUAGCUUAACUUGACAAUUUCUUAGAGGAGAUACAAUCAGGAUUCACAAUUCUAGAACAACCACCUAAUAUAAUACAAUCUUAUGGAUACAACACCCAAAUUACAAUUCUGUACAUGUUGCCUAUGAGGUGUGAAUGUGCAUAUUAAGAAAAAUAUAAGGAUUAAGGAGGGAGCUUACUUGACACGCAGUUUUGAUGAGCAAAAAUCCAGUCAAUAAAUUCCAGGUGGAGAUAUCCAAUCGAUCGAGUCUAGACAUGCGUAUAUAUCAACAUGCUAUACUACAAACACAAAGAGUUCGGUUUUUCCUUCCCAUGACAACAUAUGCUCACCAUGUAUUUAUUCCUUGCAAUGAGAAGGAUAUCAAACCAUCUUGUACCUGCUCCAAUUAUCGCUAUUACUCAUACUUUUUAUAUUGUAGUAAUUAGAACCCCACUUUCAAAUCUAGAAGCAAGUGGCCACAAUCACAAAACAUUAUAUUGUAAAAACUUAUCUGCAAUCAUGAGGUUAUUUCACUCAAAAGAAACCAUGUUUUAUAUGUUGAAGAUCGACAUCAUAGCUUGAAUAGUUCAAUUCGGCAAUGAUCUCAGCUUUUACAUAUAAAUUUUGUGUAAAAGUGGUAUGAUUGAAGUUAUUCUCAAUGUUAACACUAAUCUGAAUAGUCUUUGUUUACUGGAAACUAACCACAAAAACUUUUCAAAUUAGAAAAAUGAUGAUAUUGAAAUGGAGUAUCAUAACAAAAGCAACAAAAAGUAUAGUUAUUUAUCUUUAAUCAACUCAAAAUUCAAUCUAGAAGAUCAACAAAAUGAACUGAUGUUAAGAGAUCACAUAUUACUGUCAAAGAAACUAAAUAACCCAUCAGUCAGCUCUCCAAGCAAGAACACUCAACCUUUUCAUAUUUACCCCUCCAAAAAUUGAUUUGCGUAAUAAUAUAAGUGGAGGAGGUUAGGCGGUUGUCGAGUGUGAUGGGAAGGUUUGGAGAGACGGCGAUGGUUGAGCGUUUAGUAGGCCGAGAGCCUAGGAUACUAUUUAUCUUUAAUCAGCUUAAAAGUCAACCUAGAAGAUCAACUAAAUGAACUGAUGUUAAGAGAUCACACAUUAGUUUCAAAGAAGCUACAUAACCCACCAUUCAGCUCUCCAAGCAAAAACACUCAACCUUUCUAUAUUUACCCAUCCAAAAAUUGCUUUGCGUAACAAUAUAAGUGGAGUAGGUUAGGCAGUAGUAGAGUUCGGUGGGAAGGUUUGGAGAGACGACAAUGGUUGAACGUUUAGUAGGUCGGGACACCAUUUAAACCGGUUUACAUAAGUUGUCACUUUUCAAUCCGCAUUCGACAAACCAACAUCACUCAACCUUCCAUAUUUACCCCUCUUAAAGACACAUGUGUCUCAUAUUCACUCAAAACUUCUAUAUUCAAAAAUAUUGUUGCUUUAUGGUAGUUAUAUUAUUUAGAAUUCUGUAUCGCUUCUACACAUUUCAAUACUACAAUUCGAUGUGCAAUAUUUGCACCAAUGACAUUAGGCUUGCAAUUUUAAAAUUAUUCUUCCUUUAUAAGAUAAAUAGAAAUAGAAUUAAUUAUUAAACUCGAAUUAAAAUAAUCAAAGUAUGAAAAUAGAAGUAUCAAAUACCAAAAAAAUAUUUAGGGGAGAGUUAGUGGCUUAACUAACUAUGAUGGAAAUUUUCUAUGAUUUUUCAGAUUUAAGCUUCUUGUAUAUUUUUAAUUUAAAAAGUUUAAAUAAAUUUUUAUAGUGUAACUGGUUAUGUUUCUUGUCGUUUCUCAAAUAGAUCACAAUUCAAAUCCAAUCACUUAUGUAUUUUUCCUGUAAAUAAGAAAAUAAUAAAUGACUGUCAAGACGAAUCUACUCUUCCUACUUUUGCUAUGGAUGCAAGGAUUUUGUAAUGGGGAAAACACAUUUCCCAAUAUACUAUUAUAUUAGGUGUAGCGAAAGUAACCCGGGUGGUUGAGCGUUUAGUGGGACAGAAACUAUUUGGGUCCGUUUACAUUAGUAGCACCUUUUCCAUCCGCGUUGGACAAACCAACAACACUCAAUCUUUGCAUAUUUUCCCAUUCAAAAAUUGCUCUGGCAUAACAAUAGAGGUAGAGGAGGUUAGCCGUUUGUUGAGUCUGAUGGGAAGUUUGGAGAGACGGCGAUGGUGAAACGUUUAGUGGAUUGGGGCACUAUUUGGACCCGUUUACAUUAGUAGUGUCUUUUCUAUUCGCGUUCGACAAAGCAACAUCACUCAACCUUACCAUAUUUACCCCUAUUAAAAACACAUGUGUCCCAUAUUCACUUAAAAGUUCUAUGUGUAAAAAUAUCGUUACUUUAUGGUAGUUAUAACAAUAAAGUAUAUGUUACUAAUUUUACAUCGCUUCUACACGUGCAAGAGUGCAAUUCGAUAUGCAAUAUUUGAAUCAAUGACAUUUCGGUUGCUAAUUGUGGUGGAAAAGUCCUAAGAUUUUUCAAAUUUAGGCUUCCUAUAUGUUUUUAAUUGAAAAAGAUCACACAAAUGUGUUUAUUGUAAUUGAUUAUGUUUUUUUUUUUUUUGAUGAGACAACAGUUCAAAUCUCAUUAUCGAAUUGCACUCUUGCACCUGUAGAAGCGAUGUAAAAUUCGUAACAUAGACUUUAUUGUUAUUAUAACUACCAUAAAGUAACGAUAUUUUUAAACACAGAACUUUUAAGUGAAUAUGGGGCACAUGUGUUUUUAAGAGGGGUAAAUAUGGUAAGGUUGAGUGAUGUUGCUUUGUCGAACGCGGAUAGAAAAUACACUACUAAUGUAAACAAGCCCAAAUAGUGCCCCGAUCCACUAAACGUUUCACCAUCGCCGUCUCUCCAAACUUCCAUCAGACUCAACAAACGGCUAACCUCCUCUACCACUAUUGUUAUGCCAGAGCAAUUUUCGAAUGGGUAAAUAUGCAAAGAUUAAGUGUUGUUGGUUUGUCCAACGCGGAUGGAAAAGGUGCUACUAAUGUAAACGGGCCCAAAUAGUUUCUGACCCACUAAACGCUCAACCACCCGGGUUACUUUCGCUACACAUAAUAUAAUAGUGAAUUGGGAAAUGUGUUUUCCCCAUUACAAAAUCAUUGCAUCCAUAGCAAAAGUAGGUAGAUUCGUCUUAACAGUCAUUUAUUAUUUUCUUAUUUACAGGAAAAAUACAUAAAUGAUUGGAUUUGAAUUGUGAUCUAUUUGAGAAAUGACAAGAAACAUAACCAGGUACACUAAACAAAUUUAUUUAAGCUUUUUAAAUUAAAAAUAUACAGGAAGCUUAAAUCUGAAAAAUCAUAGAAAUUUUCCAUCAUAGUUAGUUAAGCCACUAACUCUCCCCUAAAUAUUUUUUUGGUAUUUGAUACUUCUAUUUUCAUACUUUGAUUAUUUUAAUUCGAGUUUAAUAAUUAAUUCUAUUUCUAUUUAUCUUAUAAAAGAAGAAUAAUUUUAAAAUUGCAAGCGUAAUGUCAUUGGUGCAAAUAUUGCACAUCGAAUUGUAGUAUUGAAAUGUGUAGAAGCGAUACAGAAUUCUAAAUAAUAUAACUACCAUAAAGCAACAAUAUUUUUGAAUAUAGAAGUUUUGAGUGAAUAUGGGGCACAUGUGUCUUUAAGAGGGGUAAAUAUGGAAAGGUUGAGUGAUGUUGGUUUGUCGAAUGCGGAUUGAAAAGUGGCAACUUGUGUAAACAGGUCUAAAUGGUGUCCUGACCUGCUAAACGCUCAACCAUUGUCGUCUCUCCAAACCUUCCCACCGGACUCGACAACUGCCUAACCUGCUCCACUUAUAUUGUUACGCAAAGCAAGUUUCGGAUGGGUAAAUAUGGAAAGGUUGAGUGUUUUUGCUUGGAGAGCUGACUGGUGGGUUAUGUAGCUCCUUUGAAACUAAUUUGUGAUCUCUUAACAUCAGUUCGUUUGGUUGAUCUUCUAGGUUGACUUUUAAGCUGAUUAAAGAUAAACAGUGUCCUAGGCUCUCGGCCUACUAAACGCUCAACCAUAGCCGUCUCUCCAAACCUUCCCAUCAGACUCGACAACCGCCUAACCUCCUCCACCUAUAUUAUUAUGCAAAGCAAUUUUUGGAGGGGUAAAUAUGAAAAGGUUGAGUGUUCUUGCUUGGAGAGCUGACUGAUGGGUUAUUUAGUUUCUUUGACAGUAAUAUGUGAUCUCUUAACAUCAGUUCAUUUUGUUGAUCUUCUAGAUUGAAUUUUGAGUUGAUUAAAGAUAAAUAACUAUACUUUUUGUUGCUUUUGUUAUGAUACUCCUUUUCAGUAUCAUCAUUUUUCUAUUUUGAAAAGUUUUUGUGAUUAGUUUCCAGUAAACAAAGACUAUUCAGAUUAGUGUUAACAUUGAGAAUAUCUUCAAUCAUACCCCUUUUACACAAAAUUUAUAUGUAAAAGCUGAGAUCAUUGCCGAAUUUAACUAUUCAAGCUAUAAUAUCGAUCUUCAACAUAUAAAACAUGGUUUCUUUUGAGUGAAAUAACCUCAUGAUUGCAGAUAAGUUUUUACAAUAUAAUGUUUUGUGAUUGUGGCCACUUGCUUCCAGAUUUAAAAGUGGGUUCUAAUUAUUACAAUAUAAAAAGUACGAGUGAUAGCGAUAAUUGGAGCAGUUACAAGAUGGUUUGAUAUCCUUAGUAAGUUUUCAUAUAUAUUUAGAUUAUUGUAGAAAUUCUCUUCUCGUGGAUUAUUGUUUUCUAUUUUCACUAUAAACUGACUUCUAGAUUAACUUGUUUUUAUUAGGAUUAAGAUGCCAACAACCCAUGUGGUCCCUCUUGGUGUUGGUAGGGAAUUAAUGAAGUUGGCAGAGAGCACUUUAGCAAAGAAGGUUCUUAUGAACACACAAGACAAGCUCUUGGAAUAGGAGAAGAUGAUGUAUUAGUCACAAAUCUCUAUUGUAUGCUUCUCAACACUAUUUAUAUGAUUUUCUUCAUUGAUGUGAGUCAUAUUUUUUGUUUAACUAAUUGCUGAUCUGUUUAUUAUUGUAGGCGGUUCACGAAGUACCAUUCUUUUCCUUGAUGCAUAUGCUGAGAGUGAUCAGUCUAUGAAACAAAAGAGACUGAAGUUACCUUCUCUACACGCAAUGAUCAUAGGAAUUGACGAAAAUGAUAAGAAAGGAUUAGAAGAUUUUCUUGAAGAAGAGAAGAUUCAGAAUUCUGUCACUUUCGUUGACAAGAAUCUGACACAAUAUGCUUAUUUCACAGCCAUUGACAUCUUUGUUCUUAACUGUCAGACCCCUAUUGAGUACUUUGGGAGGGCAAUUAUUGAAGCCAUGGUGUUGCAACUGCCAAUUCUGGGAACUCGAUUUGGCGGGAUGAGCGAGACCGUGAUAGAUGGAGAGACUGGAUUGUUGCAUACCGAGGGAAGAAAUGGUGUAGCUGAUCUCUCUGACCAUAUACUCAGUCUUGGCACCAGUUUCGGGAGAAGAUUCAAGAUGGGGAGGAGAGCAUACAAGAGAGUCAAAGAUGAAUUCCUCGAAGAAACCAUGAUCAAGAGAAUCUCGGUUGUUUUGAAGAAGGUAUCAAGGAGUUCUACGCCUUAGAACUGACAAUCAAUGGUAUGUUUUGUACAGAGCUUCCAUACCUGAUUUUGCAUUCUACAUCAACAAAAGGAAUUGUAGAUCGCGUUUGGUGAUGAAUGUGUGACUUUCUUUUCCUCUUGUUCUUAUAAGUGGACUACUAUGUUGGAUUCCAUGACAGGAAUGCAUAUCUGUUGUUGAUACUUGAUACCAGUAUGGUCACUACGAACGUAUUACAACUGUGGAAUUGUUGUUAUUAGGACUUGAAUACAGAGAAUACUGGUUU